AUGGAUCAAAUACAAAUUAUAAAUUACCGCCAAAAAUUAAACCAUUCUAUUAUGGAAGAUGAAUUUCAAUUAAGUAAACUAUUACCGCUCAUUCAAAAUUUACAAAAAUCUUAUGAUGAUGUAGAGAAAUCAAUCCAACAUAAAAAGUCCGUACUAUCAAAUUUAAUUAUGUAUGAAACAAUGAAAGAGAAUACUAUGCAUCUUUUGGAGGAAAGUAAUGAUUCAAUUAAAACAUCAAAUAAUUAUAAUAGCCCAAAUAUUUCUCCAUCAAUGUUAUCAUCUAUUUCACCAUCAUCCAUUUUUCAAAAUAGUUUGACACCUGAUAAAACUUUUUCAAAUAUCUCCGAAAAGGAAGAUAAUUAUUUUUAUAAAAAUAAUAUUUCAAAUAUUAGUUCUAAUUCAAGUACAAUAUCAAAUGAUAAUGUUUAUGUUGCUACAGUUACUAUGAAAAUUGCAGAAGAUUCCUUAAGAAAUGCUGGUGGUAAAUUAAUUGGAGUUAAUGGAUCAAAUAUUAAAAAAAUCCGUCGUGACUGUGCUUGUUGUAUUCAUUUGCGUGGUCGUGGUUCAACAAAGCUUUCUGAAUUAAAUGAUAUACAAAAUAAAAAUAGAGCUAGUGUAAGUAAAGCUUUUGAACCAUUACAUGUUAUCAUUCAAUCAGUUCAUAAUGAUCGAGAUAUAGCUAUUGCAAAUGUUAACAAAGCUAUUGAUAGAGUUACUCAAUCAUUGGAUCGUGGAAUUAAAGAUGCUGACAAUUCACGUCAUGAAAUUAUGAAUUUAGAAAUAAAAGAAACUAAGAAAAGAUACAACAAACGAUCUUCAUUAUACUUAUAA